AUGCCGAGUCCAGCAAUCCCUCGCUCCACUUCUGAUCCAUAUCUUUCCUCUGCUUUGAAGACUCGUGUUCCUCCUUCAAAUCGCUCUACUUGCUCCACUUCUCGAUCUAAGAAGUCGGUUUACUGGUUUAAUUGGAGUAAUGCCAAGCUUGGUCACCUUAUUAGUAUUGGAAGAAACAGUUUCGACUCGUCAUCCUCUAAGCAUUCUGAUUUAACCGAGGAGAGUCUUGAAGCUCAUAACAGAAGACAGUUGCAGGAAGCUGCGGUUUUUGAUAAUAGUAAUGUUGAUGAUAAGAAUGCUAAGUGUAGCCCAUAUUAUAAAGGACUUACUGAUUACUCGCUUAUCAUCAGCCGUGAAAAGCAUCAGUAUUUGCCUCCGAGUCCUGGACGUGAAAGUCAUGCUACUACUAUUGCUAGUUCUUCGUCGUCUAUUUCUUCUUUCAUGUUUAUUAAGAUUCAAGAAUGGAGUGCUUGCUUUUCUUCUUUUAAAUCUUCUAGUAAAGACAAACAAAAUCAAGCUCUGCUUAUUGCUCUAGCCCCGGCUCCGGUUCAGGUUCAGGUUACAUCUCCAGUUUCUGCUCCUCCAGUUCUUGUCCCUUGUUUCGCUCCUCCGGGCCCUGCUGGUGUCAAUACCAUUACAACCGAACAAGGAAAUCCUCAAUACUCUUCUCUGCCUGUUGAAUCUUCGACAGGGAGGAUGCCCAUGAAGAGGAAAGAGACCGAUAAGGAUGUUUCAUCCGUUAUCAUCGAAGAGGAGAAGCCAUUGAGGGAGAGAGUAUCAAUUGCAGAAUCUAAAUCACCAUUUGCAACAGCAACAUCCGCGCAAUCUGUAGUAAGAACUGAAACAGCUAGCAUUAGUAAUGUAGAUGAGAAGAAUGAGAUUGAAAUGAUCGAUGCAAAUAAAUUUACAUGGGCAGACAAGUAUCGGCCAGAAACUCUUAAAGAUUUUAUCUGCAAUCGAACUACAGCUGCCAAGAUGCAGGGUCUGAUAAAGGAGACUGAUCGCAAUCAUUUCAUAUUUGAAGGACAUCCUGGUGUAGGUAAAAGAACCAUGAUCCGAGCUAUGAUUGAAGAAGCAUAUCAACCAGACAGAAUCAGGGAAGACAGCAAAAAGUUUAACUUACAGGAAGAAUCGGUUGGUAGCAUAGACGUAAAAAUAAAGGUAUCAUCGCAUCAUAUUGAAGUCAAUCUCUCUGAUCUGAAAGGGUAUGAGAAGCAUGUCGUUGUCGAACUUAUAAAACAAACUGAUGAUAGGAAGUCCAGGAACAGUUUGUUGAGAAAUGAUAACUGUCGAGCGGUCGUGUUGUACAAUGCAGACAAGCUAUCUGCAGAUGCUGUCAUGUACAUAAAGUGGCUGCUAGAAAGGUAUAAGGGUUCCAGUAAGUUCUUUUUCUGCUGCUCUGAUGAUUCCAAGCUUCAGCCACUUAAGGAACUCUGCACCUUUGUUCAGCUUUUCCUGCCAUCGAAUCAAGAAAUUGUUGAAGUUUUAGAAUACAUAGCCAAACAGGAAUGCCUACAAUUGCCUAGACAAUUCGCUGAAAGGAUUGCUGCAGAAUCAAAAAAUAAUCUCCGCCAAGCCAUUCGUUCAUUUGAAGCAUCAUGGCAGCAGAGAAGCAGUUGUUCCUUCACAGAAGAUCAAGAAAUUUUGACCGGAUGGGAAGAUGACAUAGCAAACAUCGCGAAGGAUAUGAUCCAAGAACAAAGUCCAAAACAGUUAUAUGUCAUUCGCGGGAAGCUUCAGAGUCUAAUCGAGCAUGAUGUCUCCCCUAAGUUUAUCUUCAAUGCCCUUCUCGUUGAGCUGAAAAAGCAUCUGGAUGAGUUCUGCCAAUGCCAGCUUGACAAUUUAUACAAGGAUUACAAUAGAAAAGAUGGGAACAUGCUAGAGGGCGAAAAUCAAAUUCUAUUAGCACACAAUCGAUAUGAGGAAGCUGGUAAAAGGUUUCAUGAUCCCUCGAAAAAGAAAUUUCAAAAAUUCAUGAAAAUUGAAGGUAAACUUCCAAACAUUAAUUAUUUAACAAAUUUUCUUUUUCUGGGUCAUUUUCGUCAAACUAAUUUUACAUUUUUUACCUUCGGCAGAGUUCAUAGCAAAAUUUAUGAGCUUGUACAAGUUACAUAUUACCACUAGUAACAAAAGCAUGCAAUAUGAUAGUGGACCAUGAAGAAAUUUCAGUGAGCCAAAAUCAUAAGUAAGACUUGUGCUUGAAGACUCUGCAUAUCUAGUAUUUGAUGUAUAAACAAAGUUUUCUUCUGGAAAACAAAACUUGGAAGCUUAAAAUAAUGUUUUAAAACAAUGUACUUCUAAAAAAGAAGACGGUACUGUAAGUUGUAAACUUUGUGUAAAUUUUAGACUUAAUCAUCCAAAAAUACCUCACUUUUUUGACU